CGCGACGUAGUAUUUAAUUCCUACACCUGCCCUCACCCACACAAAACCCUCUCUUUUCACAACCAAAGUCCAAACUAGAAACAGUGUCUCUGCAAAUGUCGAAUUUCCUGAGCAACACUAAUCCGAACCCUAACAAGUCAUUCGAGGUGAAUGAGCCUCCCACUGACUCCGUCUCCAGUCUCUGUUUCAGUCCCAAAGCCAACUUUCUGGUCGCCACUUCAUGGGACAAUCAGGUCUUUCUCUUCGUUUCCCUCUUUUUUCACUUCAUUCUUCAACCAUUUCACUUCCAACCAACUUUUGCAGGUUCGUUGCUGGGAGGUUGCGCGGAAUGGAGUAAAUGUCGCCACUGUCCCCAAGGCUUCUAUAACGCACGAUCAUCCGGUUUUGUGCUCUACGUGGAAGGAUGAUGGCACAACUGUCUUCUCUGGUGGAUGUGACAAGCAAGUUAAGAUGUGGCCUCUAUUAUCGGGAGGCCAACCAGUGACUGUUGCCAUGCAUGAUGCACCCAUCAAAGAACUUGCUUGGAUUCCUGAGAUGAACCUUUUGGUCACAGCAAGCUGGGACAGGACUGUCAAAUACUGGGAUACAAGGCAGUCAAAUCCAGUGCACACACAACAACUCCCAGAGCGCUGCUAUGCUAUGACAGUGAAACAUCCUCUGAUGGUCGUUGGCACUGCUGAUAGAAAUCUUAUUGUUUACAACCUACAAAAUCCUCAGGUUGAAUUCAAGAGAAUCGUUUCACCAUUAAAGUAUCAAACAAGGUGCCUUGCUGCAUUCCCUGAUCAACAAGGUUUCUUGGUUGGAUCAAUAGAAGGAAGAGUUGGUGUGCACCAUUUGGAUGAUAGUCAGCAGGGUAAAAACUUCACUUUUAAAUGCCACAGAGAGGGGAAUGAAAUAUACUCGGUCAACUCUUUAAACUUCCAUCCUGUACACCACACAUUUGCAACUUCUGGUUCUGAUGGUGCUUUCAAUUUUUGGGAUAAGGAUAGUAAACAAAGGCUCAAGGCCAUGUUAAGAUGCAGCCAACCUAUUCCUUGCAGUACAUUCAACAAUGAUGGUUCAAUAUUUGCAUACUCGGUCUGCUAUGACUGGAGUAAAGGGGCAGAAAAUCAUAAUCCUGCAACAGCAAAGACCUACAUUUUCUUGCACUUGCCUCAGGAAUCUGAGGUUAAGGGCAAACCACGCAUUGGUGCUACUGGUAGAAAGUAGAGAUGAUUCUGCUACGGAAUACUGUUUUAUCAUGUAUAUAGUUGGCUAAUAUUUGUAUAUCAUGGAGGCAAGGUUUUGUGAUUGAUAACAAAAUAUAGAAGUUGAAUGGGCUGGUCGAUCUUGGAAGAAAUUAUCAACAAAUUCUUAUUGAAAAUUCUAUCUCCAAUGUAUGUAUGUAUAUAUAAUAUGAUGUGUGAGUGUGGUUUGUAUUUUCCUGUUUUAAGAUCAAGGAUGGUUGGCUUAUUCAGUGAUGCAACUGAAAGUUGGUUCCUUCGUGACUCUAAUACAUUGGAGGUUUGUAGCGUAUGACUUUUAGCCUUUAGGGGUAAAUGUCGAUUCAGUUGUCAAAUUAUCAACUGUAGGAUUUAGAAAAUAGCAAUUAAAUUAAGGAGUAUGAACCCUUAAUCCUU